AUGACCCCGCCCCAUUCUCCCGCUUUCCAUCACCCCGCCCCAUUCCCGCUUUCCAUCACUCCGCCCCAUUCUCCCGCUUUCCAUCACCCCGCCCCAUUCUCCCGCUUUCCAUCACCCCGCACCAUUCUUCUCCUUCCAUCACCCCGCCUCAUUCUACCUCCUUCCAUCACCCCGCCCCAUUCUCCCGCUUUCCAUCACCCCGCCCCAUUCUCCCGCUUUCCAUCACCCUGCCCCAUUCUCCCGCUUUCCAUCACCACGCCCCAUUCUCCCGCUUUCCAUCACCCCGCCCCAUUCUCCCUCUUUCCAUCACCCUGCCCCAUUCUCCCGCUUUUCGUCACCCCGCCCCAUUCUCCCGCUUUCCAUCACCUCGCCCCAUUCUUCUGCUUUCCAUCAACCCGCCCCAUUCUCCCGCUUUCAAUCACCCCGCCCCAUUCACCCGCAUUCCAUAACCCGCCCCAUUCUCCCGCUUUCCAUCACCCCGCCCCGUUCUCCCGCUUUCCAUCACCCCGCCCCAUCCUCCCGCUUUUCAUCACCCCGCCCCAUUCUCCCGCUUUCCAACACCCCGCCCCCCAUUCUCCCUCUUUCCAUCACCCCGCCUCAUUCUCCCGCUUUCCAUCACCCCGCCCCAUUCUCCCGCUUUCCAUCACCCCGCCCCAUUGUCCCUCUUUCCAUCACCCCGCCCCAUUCUCCCUCUUUCCAUCACCCUACCUCAUUCUCCCUCUUUCCAUAACCCCACCCCAUUCUCCCGCUUUCAAUCACCCCGCCCCAUUCUCCCCCUUUCCAUCACCCCGCCCCAUUCUCUCGCUUUCCAUCACCCCGCCCCAUUCUCCCGCUUUCCAUCAACCCGCCCCAUUCUCCCUCUUUCCAUCACCCCGCCCUAAUCUCCCUCUUUCCAUCACCCCGACCCAUUCUCCCGCUUUCCAUCACCCCGCCCCAUUCUCCCUCUUUCCAUCAGCCCGCCCAAUUCUCACGCUUUCCAUCACCCCGUCCCAUUCUCCCGCUUUCCAUCACCUCGCCCCAUUCUCCCUCUUUCCAUUCCCCCGCCCCAUUCUCCCGCUUUCCAUGACCCUGCCCCAUUCUCCUGCUUUCCAUCACACCGCUCCAUUCUCCCGCUUUUCAUCACCCCUUCCCAUUCUCCCUCUUUCCAUCACCUCGCUCCAUUCUCCCGCUUUCUAUCACCCCACCCCAUUCUCCCUCUUUCCAUCACCCCGCCCCAUUCUCCCGAUUUCCAUCACCCCGCCCCAUUCUCCCGCUUUCCAUCGACCCGCCCCAUUCUCCCGAUUUCCAUCACCCCACCCCAUUCUCCCUCUUUCCAUCAGCCUGCCCCAUUCUCCCUCUUUCCAUCACCCCGCCCCAUUCUCCCGCAUUCCAUCACCCUGCCCCAUUCUCCCGCUUUCCAUCACCCCGCCCCAUUCUCCCUCUUCCCAUCACCCUGCCCCAUUCUCCCUCUAUCCAUCACCCGGCCCAAUUCUCCCGCUUUCCAUCACCCCGCCCCAUUCUCCUUCUAUCCAUCACCCCACCAAAUUCUUCUCUGUCCAUCACCCCGCCCCAUUCUCCCGCUUUCCAUCACCUCGCCCAAUUCUCCCACUUUCCAUCACCCCGCUCCAUCCUCCCGCUUUCCAUCAACCCGCCCCAUUCUCCCUCUUUCCAUCACCCUGCCCCAUUCUCCCGCUUUCCAUCACCCUGCCCUAUUCUCCCUCUUUCCAUCACCCCGCUCCAUUCUCCUGCUUUCCAUCACCCCGCCCCAUUCUCCCGCUUUCCAUCACCCCGCUCCAUUCUCCCGCUUUCCAUCACCCGCCCCAUUCUCCCGCUUUCCAUCACCCACCCCAUUCUCCCUCUUUCCAUCACCCCGCCCCAUUCUCCCUCUUUCCAUCACCCCGCCCCGUUCUCCCGCUUUCCAUCACCCCGCCCUAUUCUCCGUCUUUCCAUCACCCCGCCCCAGUCUCCCACAUUCAAUCACCCCGCCCCAUUCUCCCGCUUUCCAUCACCCCGCCCCAUUCUCCCCCUUUCCAUCACCCCGCCCGAUUCUCCCACUUUCCAUCACCCCGCCCCAUUCUCCCGAUUUCCAUCACCCCUCCCCAUUGUCCCACUUUCCAUCACCCCGCCCCAUUCUCCCUCUUUGCAUCAGCCCGCCCCAUUCUCCCUCUUUCCAUCACCCCGCCCCAUUCUCCCACUUUCCAUCACCCCGCCCCAUUCUCCCGCUUUCCAUCACCCCGCCUCAUUCUCCCGCUUUCCAUCACCCCGCUCCAUUCUCCCGCUUUCCAUCACCCCGCCCAAUUCUCCCUCUUCCCAGUACCCCUCCCCAUUCUCCCUCUUUCCAUCACCCCUCCCCAUUCUCCCGCUUUCCAUCACCCCGCCCCAUUCUCCCUCUUUCCAUCACCCCGCCCCAUUCUCCCGCUUUCCAUCACCCCGCCCCAUUCUCCCUCUUUCCAUCACCCCGCCCCAUUCUCCUGCCUUCCAUCACCCCGCCCCAUUCUCCCUCUUUCCAUCGCCCCGCUCCAUUCUCCCGCUUUCCAUCACCCCGCCCCAUUCUUCCGCUUUCCAUCACCCCGCUCCAUUUUCCUGCUUUCCAUCACCCCGCCCCAUUCUCCCGCUUUCCAUCACCCCGCCCCAUUCUCCCUCUUUCCAUCACCCCGCCCCGUUCUCCCGCUUUCCAUCACCACGCCCCAUUCUCCCUCUUUCCAUCACCUCGCCCCAUUCUCCCUCUUUCCAUCACCUCGCCCCAUUCUCCCUCUUUCCAUCACCUCUGUCCCAUUCUCCCGCUUUCCAUCACCCCGCUCCAUUCUCCCGCUUUCUAUCACCCCGCCCCAUUCUCCCUCUUUCCAUCACCCUACCCCAUUCUCCCUCUUUCCAUCACCCCACCCCAUUCCCCCUCUUUCCAUCAGCCUGCCCCAUUCUCCCGCUUUCCAUCACCCCACCCCAUUCUCCCGUUUUCCAUCACCCCGCCCCACUCUCCCGCUUUCCAUCACCCCGCUCCAUUCUCCCGCUAUCCAUCACCCCGCCCCAUUCUCCCGCUUUUCAUCACCCCGCCCCAUUCUCCCUCUUUCCAUCACCCCGCCCCAUUCUUCCGCUUUUCAUCACCCUACCCCAUUCUCCCUCUUUCCAUCACCCCUCCCCAUUCCCCCUCUUUCCAUCAGCCCGCCCCAUUCUCCCGCUUUUCUUCACCCCGCCCCAUUCUUCCGCUUUUCAUCACCCCGCCCCAUUCUCCCGCUUUCCAUCACCCCGCCCCAUUCUCCCGCUUUCCAUGACCCCGCCCCAUUCUCCUGCUUUCCAUCACCCCGCCCCGUUCUCCCGCUUUCCAUCACCCCGCCCCAUCCUCCCGCUUUUCAUCACCCCGCCCCAUUCUCCCGCUUUCCAACACCCCGCCCCGUUCUCCCGCUUUCCAUCACCCCGCCCCAUUCUCCCGCUUUCCAUCACCCCGCCCCAUUCUCCCGCUUUCCAUCACUCCGCCCCAUUCUCCCGCUUUCCAUCACCCCGCCCCAUUCUCCCGCUUUCCAUCAACCCGCCCCAUUCUCCCUCCUUCCAUCACCCCGCCUCAUUCUCCCUCCUUCCAUCACCCCGCCCCAUUCUCCCGCUUUCCAUCACCCCGCCCCAUUCUCCUGCUUUCCAUCACCCUACCCCAUUCUCUCGCUUUCCAUCACCCCGCCCCAUUUUCCCGCUUUCCAUCACCCCGCCCCAUUCUCCCGCUUUCCAUCACCCUGCCCAAAUCUCCUGCUUUCCAUCACCCCGCCCCAUUCUCCCUCCUUCCAUCACCCCGCCCCAUUCUCCUGCUUUCCAUCACCCCGCCCCAUUCUCUUGCUUUCCAUAACCCCGCCCCAUUCACCCUCCUUUCAUCACCCGCCCCAUUCUCCCUCCUUCCAUCACCCCGCCCCAUUCUCCCUCCUUCCAUCACCCCGCCCCAUUCUCCCACUUUCCAUCGGCCCGCCCCAUUCUCCCGCUUUCCAUCACCCCGCCCCAUUCUCCUGCUCACCAUCUGAUGAAAGAGGCAUUUUCAUCUCACCAUCUGAUGAAAGGGUUACUUUCAUCUUACCAUCUGAUGAAAGAGGUACUUUCAUCUCACCAUUUGAUGAAAGACCAUUCUCCCUCUUUCCAUCACCCCGCCUCAUUCUCCCGCUUUCCAUCACCCCGCCCCAUUCUCCCGCUUUCCAUCACCCCGCCCCAUUCCCGCCCAAUUCUCACGCUUUCCAUCACCCCGUCCCAUUCUCCCGCUUUCCAUCACCCCGCCCCAUUCUCCCUCUUUCCAUUCCCCCGCCCCAUUCUCCCGCUUUCCAUGACCCUGCCCCAUUCUCCUGCUUUCCAUCACACCGCUCCAUUCUCCCGCUUUUCAUCACCCCUUCCCAUUCUCCCUCUUUCCAUCACCUCGCUCCAUUCUCCCGCUUUCUAUCACCCCACCCCAUUCUCCCUCUUUCCAUCACCCCGCCCCAUUCUCCCGAUUUCCAUCACCCCGCCCCAUUCUCCCGCUUUCCAUCGACCCGCCCCAUUCUCCCGAUUUCCAUCACCCCACCCCAUUCUCCCUCUUUCCAUCAGCCCGCCCCAUUCUCCCUCUUUCCAUCACCCCGCCCCAUUCUCCCGCAUUCCAUCACCCUGCCCCAUUCUCCCGCUUUCCAUCAACCCGCCCCAUUCUCCCUCUUUCCAUCACCCCGCCCUAAUCUCCCUCUUUCCAUCACCCCGACCCAUUCUCCCGCUUUCCAUCACCCCGCCCCAUUCUCCCUCUUUCCAUCAGCCCGCCCAAUUCUCACGCUUUCCAUCACCCCGUCCCAUUCUCCCGCUUUCCAUCACCCCGCCCCAUUCUCCCUCUUUCCAUUCCCCCGCCCCAUUCUCCCGCUUUCCAUGACCCUGCCCCAUUCUCCUGCUUUCCAUCACACCGCUCCAUUCUCCCGCUUUUCAUCACCCCUUCCCAUUCUCCCUCUUUCCAUCACCUCGCUCCAUUCUCCCGCUUUCUAUCACCCCACCCCAUUCUCCCUCUUUCCAUCACCCCGCCCUAAUCUCCCUCUUUCCAUCACCCCGACCCAUUCUCCCGCUUUCCAUCACCCCGCCCCAUUCUCCCUCUUUCCAUCAGCCCGCCCAAUUCUCACGCUUUCCAUCACCCCGUCCCAUUCUCCCGCUUUCCAUCACCCCGCCCCAUUCUCCCUCUUUCCAUUCCCCCGCCCCAUUCUCCCGCUUUCCAUGACCCUGCCCCAUUCUCCUGCUUUCCAUCACACCGCUCCAUUCUCCCGCUUUUCAUCACCCCUUCCCAUUCUCCCUCUUUCCAUCACCUCGCUCCAUUCUCCCGCUUUCUAUCACCCCACCCCAUUCUCCCUCUUUCCAUCACCCCGCCCCAUUCUCCCGAUUUCCAUCACCCCGCCCCAUUCUCCCGCUUUCCAUCGACCCGCCCCAUUCUCCCGAUUUCCAUCACCCCACCCCAUUCUCCCUCUUUCCAUCAGCCCGCCCCAUUCUCCCUCUUUCCAUCACCCCGCCCCAUUCUCCCGCAUUCCAUCACCCUGCCCCAUUCUCCCGCUUUCCAUCAACCCGCCCCAUUCUCCCUCUUUCCAUCACCCCGCCCUAAUCUCCCUCUUUCCAUCACCCCGACCCAUUCUCCCGCUUUCCAUCACCCCGCCCCAUUCUCCCUCUUUCCAUCAGCCCGCCCAAUUCUCACGCUUUCCAUCACCCCCCCGCCCCAUUCUCCCUCUUUCCAUCACCCUGCCCCAUUCUCCCGCUUUCCAUCACCCUGCCCCAUUCUCCCGCUUUCCAUCACCCCGCCCCAUUCUCCCUCUUUCCAUCACCCUGCCCCAUUCUCCCUCUAUCCAUCACCCAGCCCAAUUCUCCCGCUUUCCAUCACCCCGCCCCAUUCUCCCUCUAUCCAUCACCCCACCAAAUUCUUCUCUUUCCAUCACCCCGCCCCAUUCUCCCGAUUUCCAUCACCUCGCCCAAUUCUCCCACUUUCCAUCACCCUGCUCCAUCCUCCCGCUUUCCAUCAACCCGCCCCAUUCUCCCUCUUUCCAUCACCCUGCCCCAUUCUCCCGCUUUCCAUCACCCUGCCCUAUUCUCCCUCUUUCCAUCACCCCGCUCCAUUCUCCUGCUUUCCAUCACCCCGCCCCAUUCUCCCGCUUUCCAUCACCCCGCUCCAUUCUCCCGCUUUCCAUCACCCGCCCCAUUCUCCCGCUUUCCAUCACCCACCCCAUUCUCCCUCUUUCCAUCACCCCGCCCCAUUCUCCCUCUUUCCAUCACCCCGCCCCGUUCUCCCGCUUUCCAUCACCCCGCCCUAUUCUCCGUCUUUCCAUCACCCCGCCCCAUUCUCCCACUUUCCAUCACCCCGCCCCAUUCUCCCGAUUUCCAUCACCCCUCCCCAUUGUCCCACUUUCCAUCACCCCGCCCCAUUCUCCCUCUUUGCAUCAGCCCGCCCAAUUCUCCCUCUUUCCAUCACCCCGCCCCAUUCUCCCGCUUUCCAUCACCCCGCCCCAUUCUCCCGCUUUCCAUCACCCCGCCUCAUUCUCCCGCUUUCCAUCACCCCGCUCCAUUCUCCCGCUUUCCAUCACCCCGCCCAAUUCUCCCUCUUCCCAGUACCCCUCCCCAUUCUCCCUCUUUCCAUCACCCCUCCCCAUUCUCCCGCUUUCCAUCACCCCGCCCCAUUCUCCCUCUUUCCAUCACCCCGCCCCAUUCUCCCGCUUUCCAUCACCCCGCCCCAUUCUCCCUCUUUCCAUCACCCCGCCCCAUUCUCCCUCUUUCCAUCACCCCGCCCCAUUCUCCUGCCUUCCAUCACCCCGCCCCAUUCUCCCUCUUUCCAUCGCCCCGCUCCAUUCUCCCGCUUUCCAUCACCCCGCCCCAAACUUCCGCUUUCCAUCACCCCGCUCCAUUUUCCUGCUUUCCAUCACCCCGCCCCAUUCUCCCGCUUUCCAACACACGGUGGGUUGA